AAAUAAUGUUUUUCAAAAUUAACUUUUAAAUUAAUUUCAUAAGACUAUUAACACCACCAGUAACUUAAUUUAAAAAGAAAAGAAGUGUAAUUUAAAAAGAAUAUUAAUUCAUCCAACCCUAACAAUAACAUAGUAUUAAGAAAACAAAUAUGUUAUGCUUUUGUUCCAAUAAAAUGCUAUUAGUUUCAUAAAUACUAUUAUUAAAAAUUAUUAAGAUUAUGUCUUCAAUUAUAUUGCCGUUAGCGCUAAUGCUGCUAAUAGAAUAAACAUAUUUUUUUCCGUGUAAGAUCAUUAAAAAUGUCAUUAAUGACUCAAUGCAUGGAGUUAUGUGCUUAUGCAUUUUUUCCAUGUACGUACGUCUCGAUAAGCGCCUAAUUCAUGUAUAGGAAUAUUAAUAGCCUCGGGCGUUACGAUAUGGCGCGUUUGUUUUCCCGCGGCAGCGGAAAGACACGUGCAAUCGCAACAAAGAAGUUUUGCGCACGUGUCGCCGUGGUACGGGGCGAGGGGCACGCGGUACGCGUGGACCAUUUAUAUGCGUGGACCAUUUUACACCAUUCACCGUUUUGCGAACGCCGACGACAAAGUAGGCUGCCGGAACCUUUCAUAUAAACAACUUCGAACAAUGAAAUGAUAAUGCCGUCAAAUGUUUGAAAUAAUAUUUAUUAAUUUAACUUAUAUAAUACUUAUCAAUAAGAUAUUAUUAUAAUAUAAUAACGUACUUAUUAUUAAUACAAUAAUACUUUUAAGUAAAAUUGUUUCGAGUUAAAUACCAAUACUUUUCAUUAGCUUCAUUAGCGCUCUCUGUCAGUUCUAAAAUAAAAUAAAUUUGUGAAAACGUUCUUAAGUAUAAAAAGGUGCGUAUUUUGGAAGAGAAAAAAAGAACAAUGUCGAAUUUUAUUUUUUAUUAUUUACAAUUUCCAACUGUAGUUUACCGUUGGUAAGUCCGCGUACACAAUAGAAUACAAUGCGAUUUAUUUUAGCAUUCGAGCUAAUCGCAACUAUCAUUUUGCGAAUCGAGCCAGUAUGUCAAUACGUACUUGCCGAUACACGAAUACUUGUCGAAUAAUACGUACAGCGAUUGUUUCUUUUGAUAGUCAAGGCGCCAUCUCUCAGAGUCUUGAAGCAAUCCUACAUUAAAUUGCUAUUAAUAACUGAUGAUAAAGUCUCUUUUUGUUUAAAUUAUUAUAUUGUUUUAGUAUAAUAAAUAUUUAUAAAUAUAUAUUUAAUUUUUUUUAAAUUUUAUUUAAUAAAAAAGUUUAAUAUCCAUAAUAUUUUAUAUGUAUUUUAUAUAUUUUUUUAAUGAUAUAUUUAUAUUAAAUCUCUAUGGUCUGUCCAAUUUAAGAUCACAAAAAUAUUUACAAAAUAUUCAAAUAAUUAUUAUAAAUUAAUUUUUUACUAUAAAAUUUUGUAAAUUUUUUAUCUUUUAUAAAUAUUGCAUGCUAUAUAAGAAAAUAGAAAUAAAUUUUGUGAUUUCUUGUCAGAAUAUGAAAAUGUAUUCAGUAUUAUGAUGGGAAUAUUAAAACCUUGAUAAAACAAUUUGCACAUAAUAUAAAAGUAUAAAAACUGCAGUAUUACAUAAUAUAGCCUAUAAUAAAGUCGUGUUUUAAUAUUCAUUAUUAAUGCAAAACAUCUAUCGUACACGUCACAUGUAUUUUACAUAGAGAGAGAGAGAGAGAGAGAGAGAGAGAGAGAGAGAGAAAGAGAGAGAGAGAGAUGUUCAGUACUGGCAGUAUAUAUUAGAACACAGUCAAGUAAAAAAAAUAAACGUGUAAUACACAAACGUGAAUCAAGUUCCAAAGCUUGUCUUUUCUCUCUUUGCUUCUGACGAAUGUUCCGCGAGGAAAUAAAUCAAAUGAGAAAAUUAUGACAUCCUUAACGCAUCUGCCACCGAUAGAAAAACUAUCCAGGAAUGUGAUUCGGAUCCUAGCCUGCAACCCUGGCCCGAUGACGUUGCAAGGGACCAACACAUAUCUCGUGGGCACUGGGCGCAAGCGUGUGCUAAUUGAUUUUGGAGACUUAGAAACGGCCGAAGCCUACGUGAAACGUCUGGACAGUGUAUUAAGCAAGGAAAAUGCAACUAUUGAGCACUUGAUAGUUACUCAUUGGCAUAUCGAUCAUAUUGGUGGAGUGGAGCCCGUGCGGAACUUGAUAAAGAAAUUGUUCCCCAUGGACAAACAGCCAAUCCUAUGGAAAUUGCCACGGGCGUCUGACGAUACGGACCGAUCAGAUUUCGAAAAAUUUAUCCAGUGGAAAUUUCUGAAAGACGAUCAAGUGAUCGAGGUCGAAGGUGCGAAGCUUCAAAUAAAGUAUACGCCAGGGCACGCCAGCGACCACGCCUGCCUAUUGCUGCAGGAUGAGAACAUCUUGUUCAGCGGCGAUUGUAUCCUGGGGGAAGGCACGUCGAUCUUUGAAGAUCUUCACGAAUACAUGCUGUCGCUGAAUAAGAUCCUCAAGCUGCAGCCCAAGGCGAUUUAUCUGGGUCAUGGGCCGGUUCUCGACGAUCCUGUGCCACGGAUACAGCAUUACAUCAAACUCAGACAGCAAAAAGAAAAGAAAAUUCUACAAACGCUACAGGAACAAGGAAGCGACAAAUCAAUGACAGAAAUGGAUAUCGUUAAAAUCAUUCACACAAAUAAGUAUAAGACGAGUGAUGAACAGUGGCUGGCUGCAGCAUAUAUGGUAAAAUAUCACCUUCAAAAGUUAGAAAAGGAGGGAAAAGUGUUGCAAAAUAAAGAUGGCUGGAGCAGUAUUAAAAGCAAAAUAUAAAUAGAUAUAUAUGGAAAAUAUACCACAUUAGAUAAAAUUACGUAUUGGAACAAAGUUGAAGUAAUUUUGCGCAAAAAUUUAUAAAUUCUAGAAAAAAUC